AUGAAUUUCGAAACGCAUGAACAACAAAUUCAAACAAUUUUAUUCACGUCGACGCGUUUAACGAAUUCAGUUUCAUCAACAUUCGUCUCCGUUUGGAUUAUUCUACAUUUUCUAUCUGAAAUACGACAUCUGCAAACAGCUCCACAACUGGUUCAAGGACAAAAAAUAGCUAAGAAGUGGACUCAAAUAAGUAGUCGAGGUGUAUCUUUAAGUUGUAUAUUACUCUCAUUAACAUUUGAAAUAGCAGCAGAUUGGAGCACAGUUAUUGGUGAACCAACAGAUAACAAUAACACCUUCACAUCAACAUUAUGGACACUUUCUUUAGCAUUAAAAUCUUCAGCAAUCUUUACCACUUUAUCAUGGCACUACACUCUCACCACUUCCCUUUCCAAAGAGCCAAUAAUUUCGCGGAGAGAAUAUCAAUUUUAUGGAUAUUUCAAUGGAUUUAGUUUUCUUGCUGCUUACCCAAUAAUCGAGUUUUUAUGCGUGUUGCGUGCCGAAACGAUAUGUGACGCGAUGAUUGCAGCGCAGCUGUUUUAUGUUUCGCAGAUGAUUAUUGCGACUUUUUUUUUCUGCAAGUUAAAUCGGCAAAUGAAGGUUGUGUUGACCGAGGGACUGUUGGUUGGUAGAAAGGCCAUUCGCGAAAUGCGACGAUUUCGAAUGCGAAAUUGGUACUUAAUAAGUUUUUUGUCACUGGAAAUCAUAGGACUAUUGACUAGUAAUAUUGAUCAAUUAUACGGAAAAACAAUUUCCACGAAGUCUAUCGCGUUAUCGACAAUUAUCCAUUCAAUUAUAAAUCUCAGCUCGAAUUUGGCCUUUGUAGCUGCCACAUUAAUUCUUUAUCCGCCACAUGACUACACACCACUACUUGUAUUACCAACUCCAACAAACAUAACAAUACACGAAAAACGAGAAUCACAAGGAUAUUUCUCACCAAACCCCAUAACUAUGUCAACCAGAUGCAAUUGGCACUUUAAUCGAUUCAAUGGCAGCAGCAACAACAAUAAUAAUUUCAAUAGCAAUAAUGAUUCUCGCAUUUCGAUGUUCUCUAUAAACGCAAAACAAAUUCGACCAGUGGUGGUUCCGGAAGAAUAUGAUGGCGACGACAUAUUAUCGGAUGAAGAAUUUUGUGUGGGGAGCGAAGGGUCUGAGCAUAGACUAUAUGGAAACAAUAAUGGCGAUGAUUUGAAGCAACCGGAAGCAGCAUUAGUGAUGACGCUGAACCGAGAAAGAAACGAGUUUUCUUCGUCGGGGAUUACAUUAUAA